UCACGGCGGCGGCCGGGUCAGAGGGUAAAGGUUGCUCCCCCAGCAUCCUCCGUGCUGGAUACUCAGCCAUCUUGGAUCCGCGGGACAAGAAAAUUCAUGCGGUGACAAACAGCAUGUUUGGUGCUUCAAGGAAGAAGUUUGUAGAGGGGGUUGAUGGUGACUACCAUGAUGAAAACAUGUACUACAGCCAAUCAUCGAUGUUCCCACAUCGGUCAGAAAAAGAUAUGCUGGCAUCACCAUCAACAUCAGGUCAGCUGUCUCAGUUUGGGGCAAGUUUAUACGGGCAACAAAGUGCACUAGGCCUUCCAAUGAGGGGAAUGAGCAACAAUACCCCUCAGUUAAAUCGCAGCUUAUCACAAGGCACUCAGUUACCGAGCCACGUAACGCCAACAACAGGGGUACCAACAAUGUCACUUCACACGCCUCCAUCUCCGAGCAGGGGGAUAUUGCCUAUGAAUCCUAGGAAUAUGAUGAACCACUCCCAGGUUGGUCAGGGCAUUGGAAUUCCCAGCAGGACAAACAGCAUGAGCAGUUCAGGGUUAGGCAGCCCUAACAGAAGCUCUCCAAGCAUAAUAUGUAUGCCAAAGCAGCAACCCUCUCGACAACCUUUUACUGUGAACAGUAUGUCUGGAUUUGGGAUGAACAGAAAUCAGGCAUUUGGAAUGAAUAACUCCUUAUCAAGUAACAUUUUUAAUGGAACAGAUGGAAGUGAAAAUGUGACAGGACUGGACCUCUCAGAUUUUCCAGCACUAGCAGACAGAAACAGAAGGGAAGGAAGUGGCAAUCCAACUCCAUUAAUAAACCCUUUAGCUGGAAGGGCUCCCUAUGUUGGGAUGGUAACAAAACCAGCAAGUGAGCAGUCCCAGGACUUUUCAAUACACAAUGAAGAUUUCCCAGCAUUACCAGGCUCCAGCUACAAAGACCCAACAUCAAGUAAUGAUGAUAAUAAAUCUAAUUUGAAUACAUCAGGCAAAACAUCAUCCAGCACAGAUGGGCCCAAGUUUCCUGGAGAUAAAAGUUCAACUACGCAAAACAACAACCAGCAGAAAAAAGGGAUCCAGGUGUUACCUGAUGGUCGGGUUACCAACAUUCCACAAGGGAUGGUGACGGACCAGUUUGGAAUGAUUGGCUUGUUAACAUUCAUCAGGGCAGCAGAGACAGAUCCAGGAAUGGUACAUCUUGCAUUAGGAAGUGAUUUAACAACACUAGGUCUCAAUCUCAACUCUCCUGAAAAUCUUUAUCCCAAAUUUGCAUCACCUUGGGCAUCAUCACCUUGUCGACCUCAAGACAUAGACUUCCAUGUUCCAUCUGAGUACUUAACUAACAUUCACAUUAGGGAUAAGCUGGCUGCAAUAAAACUCGGCCGAUAUGGAGAAGAUCUCCUGUUUUAUCUCUAUUACAUGAAUGGAGGAGAUGUAUUACAGCUAUUAGCAGCAGUAGAGCUAUUUAACCGGGAUUGGAGAUACCACAAAGAAGAACGAGUAUGGAUCACCAGGGCACCCGGAAUGGAGCCAACAAUGAAAACCAAUACGUACGAGAGGGGAACAUAUUACUUCUUUGACUGUCUUAACUGGAGGAAAGUAGCUAAGGAGUUCCAUCUGGAAUAUGACAAAUUAGAAGAAAGGCCUCAUCUGCCAUCAACCUUCAACUACAACCCUGCUCAGCAAGCCUUCUAAAGACUUCCCUUUUCUUGGGGUAUGGCUGUCUCAGCACAAUACUCAACAUAACUGCAGAACUGAUGUGGCUCAGGCAUCCUGGUUUUAAUUCCUUGAGGAUCUGGCAAUUGGCUCAUGCGAAGGGUCACCAUUUGAGGUCCUGCCUUACUAAUUAUGUGCUGCCCAACAACUAAAUUUGUAAUUGUUUUUCUUUAGUUUGAGCAGGGUCUGAAUUUUUGUUUUUGUUUUAUUUUUGCCAGCAGACAAGCUUGGGUCUGUAAAGACAAGCGAGUACACUGACAAAAGUUUACCACUUAGUUUUCCAAAAUGUAAAAAGACAAAAAAUAAGAAAAAAGACAAAAAAUUAGACAACAAAAUUUGCAUUGUUCAUUGUAGCACUAUUGGUAAUAAAAAAUGUUUGUGCAUUUUUAUGUGAAGAUCCUUCUCGUAUUUCAUUUGGAAAGAUGAGCAAGGUUUGCUUCCUUCAUUUUACUUCCCCUUCUGUUUUUGAAAGGCAGUUUUCGCCAAGCUUAAUGCAAGAAUAUCUGACUGUUUAGAAGAAAGAUAUUGCCACAGUCUCUGGUUAGUUUCCAGAGUUGUGUAUUACUGAGCUUCAUCUUUCCAGAAUGAGCAAAACACUGUCCAGUCUUUGUUACGAUUUUGUAAUAAAUGUGUACAUUUUUUUUAAAUUUUUGGACAUCACAUGAAUAAAGGUAUGUAUGUACGAAUGUGUAUAUAUUAUAUAUAUGACAUCUAUUUUGGAAAAUGUUUGCCCUGCUGUACCUCAUUUUUAGGAGGUGUGCAUGGAUGCAAUAUAUGAAAACGGGACAUUCUGGAACUGCUGGUCAGGGGACUACUUUGUCGCCCUGUGCACUAAAGGGCCAGAUUUUCAGCAGCCAAGGACAUCCAUACCCAAGUGAAUGUGAUGGGACUUAAGUGAACUGAGACAAUUCACUCUGGCUGUUUGAACAGCAGCGUUUCAUAGGAAGAGAAAAAAAAGAUCAAUCUUGUAUUUUCUGACCACAUAAAGGCUUCUUCUCUUUGUAAUAAAGUAGAAAAGCUCUCCUCA